CUAGACACGGCUACACCACACACCAACACAGACAUAAGUUAAACAUGGCAGCUGCGAUGAGAGACACAUACUCACAAACAAAACUCCAGUAGUUUGGAACUGGGCUUAACAGCGAAUAAGGAAAGCUGUUGUUACGCUCUACCUCCACGUCAAAGAAAAAAAAAAACUUAUCAGUUUACUAAUUUAUGUAUUGCUACAGCGUAGAGUCAGUAGAUGCGUACAUUACAUUUACAUUUCCCUGCUGAUCAGAAAAGCACAUCCAUCACUUCUGUCAGUCUGACCUCAGAAUUCCAGUGUGUCGGUUCUCAAACCAGUGAGGAAAGCUGAAGUGAGGCCACAGAUGACGGAAAAUAAGAUGCACUGUUACAUCUUAAAUCUCAUUUUACAUUUUAGAGAGAAAAAGGGGACAUUUUGUUUUCAACAAUAAAUAAAAGUGCGCUGAAGUGAUGGACAUCAAACACUAACACUGUGGGAUCUGUGAUGCAGCAGUUUAUUCAUGUAUCUCUGACCUGCUCAUCACUGUCUGCAGCAGGUCUAAUAAGGGUCAUAAUUACCCUCUGGUUCAAGAAGUCAAAGUCCUGCUGAUCUGAUCUUCUGUGACUCCUGGAGCCUCAGGGGUCUGCUGGACUUUGAAGUCUCCUCUGCAGUAGAGGUUAUUCAGCUCUAUAAUAGGAUUGCUCCAUGUAAACUAAAAACAAAUUGAAGCAUCAUGCUGGACCUCAAACAACAUGUUCUCCACUCUUUAAACUUUCCCUCAGCCCCUUUUCUCUUUAGCACAGCUAAAACGCUCCUAACACUGACUCAGGAUUGGCUGAACUCAGGAGCUGUCCGUGUCCUGGAGAUGACCGUGUGUUGAGGCUCUUGAUGCUCUGACUCCAUCUGCACUCCAUGCUUUGCGAAUCUCCCUCAAGCUAUUCAGUGGGCUUUGCUUCUCAAUCCUUUCAAAGCUCUUCCUGUUUCUUGUGUAUUUUUCAAUCAAACUUUUUUCUUCCACUCAACUUUCCAAUAGCAUGCUUGGAUGCAGCAGUUCUGUGAACGGCCAGCUUCUUAAGGAAUGACCCUCUGAUCUGCAAUGGUCUUGUCAGCAGUCUUCACAAUCAUUUUAUAGCAUCACAUUCUGUGCGGAACAUUCUUAGAUUCUGAAAGUGAAAUACUCCCAUUUCCUGUGAUAUCUUGGGUUUUCAUUGGCCAUAGUUAAAAAGAACAAAUAAAAUGACUGAAGUGCAGAACUGUAGUAAGUUCCACUUUUUACACUGAACUACCGAUGUCCAAAGAGCUGCUGCACCUGUGUGGGAUUUAUUUGGAGGUGGGUUUGACUGUUAUUACCUCACUGUCUGUCCGAACCUGACCCAGUAAAUUCAGACCCGCUCUCAGAGGACCGAACCUGACAGAACUCCACAGUCUCACCCACAGCUCACCUCCCUCCCUUGUAAACGGCGCGGAGCCCCGGUAACUGGCUCCACGGCGGCUGCGCGUGCGGCAGCUACCCUGCACGUGCGUGCGCAGUUUCUAUUUGCUCUCUUGGAGACGGUGAGCAGACCCAGUCCCGACCUGACGACGCGACCCGGUGAGUCCACCUGUCCGUGUUGUCCUCCGCCCGCCGUCCUGUUUGUCUUGUCUCGUUGUGUCCGUGGAGUGAGACUGUGGAGUCUCCCGGCUGUUCGCGCGCGCUCCGGCCGCCAGACACUCCAUCACUGACCGACACAACGACCCGCCGCUCGCCGCCUGCCUGGGAGGGAAACUUCUGAUCCUCAAUAAGCAGAAAAUUCAAAUGUAGGCAAAGUUGGAACCGGAGCGGCUUUUACAGGCUAACUGAUGUUUAAUUGAUGGAAACUGCUGAUGCAGAGCCGAUCCACCGGGAUGCUAACAGAGAGGAAACAGCAGGACAACUUCUACAUUUGAAUUUCCGCUUGUGUCAGACAUGCUUGUGAAGCUCCAUCAGACGUUCCUGAAUCCUGCUCAUGACCUGUGCUUCCUCUCUGCUUCCUCCUCCUCUUCUCUCCUUGUCCUCCUGUCAUCUCCGUUCUGAUCCCCUAUACGAGUUCAGCCACAGCCUCAGGCCUCCGAGUUGAACCCACCAACCCAUCCCAUCCGCUUCCCUGCCAUGUCUAACGACACAACCUUCUUGGAGGCCACUGAUUGGUUAGACACCUCCCAGUGCCCGCCCUCAGUAGGCGGCGCUACUUUCCUGAUUGUCGCAUACAGUGCAGUCAUUGCAAUCGGGUUGCUGGGCAACGCAGGCCUUGUAUUUAUCAUCACGCGGCAACAGGAGUUGCGCAACGUCACCAACAUCCUGAUUGCCAACCUGUCGUGCUCGGACAUCCUGAUGUGUGUGGUGUGUCUGCCGGUCACUGUCAUCUACACGCUGAUGGACCACUGGGUGCUGGGGGAGGCCCUGUGUAAGGUGACGCCCUUUGUCCAGUGCAUGUCUGUGACCGUGUCCAUCUUCUCCCUCGUGCUCAUCGCUCUGGAGCGCCACCAGCUGAUCCUCCACCCCACCGGCUGGACCCCCGCGGCCGGGCACUCCUACCUUGCGGUGGGGCUCACGUGGCUGGUCGGCUGCUUCAUCUCGCUGCCCUUCCUGUCCUUCAACAUCCUCACUAAUGACCCCUUCCAGAACAUCAGCCUGCCCUCCAACCCGUUCAGGGACCAUUUGAUCUGCAUGGAGUUGUGGCCGUCAGACAAACAUCGGCUUGCCUACACAACCUCGUUGCUGAUCUUCCAGUACUGCCUGCCUCUCCUUUUGGUGCUGCUCUGCUACCUGAGGAUCUUCAUCCGCCUGAGACGCCGCAGGUCACACAGCUACACUCUCCCUCAUGCACUUCAAAAGUCUUCUCACCACAGGGACAUGCUGGAGCGCAGCAGGAGGACUCGGGGAGCCCAGAGGAUCAAUGUCAUGCUGCUAGCCAUCGUCAUCGCGUUUGCUCUCUGCUGGCUCCCUCUGAAUGUCUUCAACACUCUGUUUGACUGGCAUCACCAGGCCCUGCCAAAAUGUCAGCAUGACGCUGUCUUCUCCGCUUGCCACCUUACAGCCAUGGCCUCCACGUGCAUCAACCCCGUGGUGUAUGGCUUCCUCAACAGCAACUUCCAGCGGGAGCUGAGGACGACGCUGCAGCGCUGCCAGUGUGGCACCCGGGCAGGCGAGAGCUAUGAGAGCUUCCCUUUGUCUACGGUGGGCAGCGAGGGCAUAACAAAGGCCACUUCGCUCAACAGGAUGGGAUCAGUGUGUGUCCCCUCACCCAGACCUGAGAUCAGCUCGGCUCUGCUGUCCAAAACAUUACCGGCUAACUUGUAACAAUGUGGACCGAAGAAUUCUUUGACAAGAUCCUAAGCAGAGUGGUUGUUAUUACAUCAGUUGUGUGUAACUGAUAAUGAUCAACGUUGAGCCAGUUCAACACUGUCCUCACUUGAAUUUGGCUGAAAAUGGUCUAAUACUAUUUCAAGCUAAUAUUUGACAGCGUAUUGCUCUUGUUGUGACUGAUCAUCAUCUCAAAAGUUUGAAGACUGUGGAUGCAACUUGGAAGUCCAGAACCCCAAAACUGAGGAAGCUGAAGGACCUGGACUGUUCUGGUGUAAACCAUGCAACCCUCCUGGAAAGGUUCAGUUUCCAGUUACAGCCGUUGUGACAGAUCAACCUCAUACCAGACAUUUUAAUGUUUUGGUGAAAAACACAUUUUUCUGUUUACACACAUGAACAAAAUUGCUGGUACCCCACAAUCACCACUGAAAUAACCUGAAACUGACUAAAGUAAAGAUGAAUAAAAAAUGACUGAAAAUUAAAAAACAAAAAUCAGGGUUUGCUUCUGAAUUGUGAUUCACCAGAAUCAUUUUGAAAAUAAACUAAGGAAACCACAAUGAACCACAGGAAGCAAAGGAGAGAUUUGUCACAGGAGAUUAGAAAGAAAACAUGCUAAAGGUAAAGGCUACUGGAGCAUCUCUAAGCAGCUUGAUGCUCAAUUGGAUCAAUUAUUGAGGGAAAUUGAUGACAGGUUGAAGAGCAGAAGAAUACAAAUAGAAACCAAAGAGCCCAGAACAACCUCCAAGCAAAUUAAAGGUAGACUCCAUGGUCAAGGUCCAUCAGAUUGAACAAUACAUUUUGUCUGAGCCAAAGUGGACUUUAUGGGAGAAGUCACUGUUAAAACCAAAUCACCCAAAAGCGAGACUGAAAUUUGCUAUAUUGUAUAUUGACAAGACACAGCUCUUCAGGGAAAAUGUCCUCUGGACAAACGAGACAAUACUGGAUGUUUUUACCAAAGCACAUCAGCUCUGCAUUCAGAGACCAAAAUUGAUUCAUACCAAAAAAAAAAACAUACUAUGAAACAUGGAGGAGGCUCAGUUCUGAUCAGGGGCAGCUUUCCUACAUCUGUCAGUGGGUUCAGGAUACAAUACAAUUGAGACAUUUUGGACAAAACUCGACAACCUUGUCAGAAAACUUGGUCUCAGUUGCAGGUCAUGGGCCUUCCAACAGGACAACGGCCCAGACACAGCUAGAAACACCUAAGAAUGGCUAACAACAAAAUAUUGCACUAUUCUGUACCGGUCCGUUUCAAAUGGCUGGUACCAGUCGUUCACUAACAGAGGGAUACCAACAAGUUUGUCCACGUGAGUAACAGAUGAACAUGUUUGUAAGUGCUGAGGCUUUGUUUAUCAUCGUUCAUUCUUUAAAAUAUCUUUUUUGUGGCCUUUUUUUGAAAGUUAUCUGACAGGAAGAGGGCAGAGAGUAGCAGGCAGAGAUGAGUGUAGAAUUUGGGAUGACCAUGUUGAGAUCUCUUCCCUCUAUAUACGUUUGCGUUGCUGUACUGGCAAAUGUUUUUUUUAUAUGUGGAAAGGAACAGCUUUUAAGCUUUUUAAGGAAAAAAUGCUAAAAGGAAAAAAAAGCUAGAAAUUGGCUACAGUAUUCUUUCUCUGCAGAAAAUAAAUUAUGUUAUAGAUCAAACUCGCUACAUCAUUACGUCGGUUCAAUUCAUGUUACAAUUAUACAGAGCAGGUUAGUUGUUUAUCAUUUUCUACACCACCAUAAGAUAAAUAGGGGAAUUAAUACCAUACCAGUACAAAUAUGAUAAAGUGCCAUAAAUUUGUUUUAUCCACUUUGUAAUUUCCCCAUUCGGACGUUGCAGCACAAACCAUGAUGUGUCAUCUGGUCCCGUUUGGAUACAUGAAAUGUUCUCAAUAAUUUCAGACUAUCAUAUUGUCACUUUCCUAAAAUGUCAUUUUUUGGCCAAAAGAUGAUUUAGAAAAAAAAUAAUAACUUUUGGAAAAAAACAAAAAGAUGUAGGUCAUUAUUUCAGGAAGGUGACAUUAUUGCUUCUGUUGAAUUUGCAAAAUUAAGGCUAUCUUGUUUUGUAGCCUACAUCAGUGUUGUAGUACUCGAGAUGCUCUCGGACUUGACCGCAUUUGGUGUCGGUCUUGGUGACAAGUCGGUCUUGGCGCCCGAGACCAUACAGUACAGUGGCGCAAAAAGUGGGUAUGCACUUUAUGCAACGCAUAGGGGCGCUGCACUGAGGGGGCGCAAAAACGAUGUGGGGAAUUGUUUUUCUAGUCAGUAUUUUAUGUACUUAACAGCUGUUUGUGUAUGAAAUGAUCAAUAACAGAGGAACAGGACUGAUUAGGCGCCCCUAAACUCCCAUACAGGUAGCUUGGGCAGCGUCCCUUCUAGAACUGGCUGAGGCGCGUUUUUUUUUUUCUUUUAAAUUUGAAUUAUAGGAACAGGGAGCUAAAGAUGGGGCACAGGAAAAAACUCCGGGGCACAAAACAGGAAACAGAAGAGGGGGAAAGAUAAAGAUGUUGGAGAGACAAAGAAAAGUUGUUCAAAGUGGUUUAACGACAGCAGGUAAGUAAUGUCAGUGUAUCAACAAGAGAGUUGUAAAUAUUCAGGUUAGCUUAAGCUAGGCUACAAUGACAGGUGGUUGUUGUCUCCGCCCCGUAUUGAACCAAUACAGGACACGAUUUAUUCUGUGUUGCUAUAAAUGUCUGAUAGACACACCUAUCACACACAUCUCAACAAUAAGUGUAAUAAUAAUGACCGAAACAAAACACGGGAAAUAUUAAGGUCAGCUAAAUUGUGGUUUCGGGACCUAAAUAGGACCCCACUACACCACACGAACUGACGCUGUUGUCAUGGUUACCUAGAGACGGACUUUACGCAGCCGAUGACAUGUUCGCAUACACCUCAGAAAGUAUGUAGUUGUGCUCCUGCUGCAGUAGCUAUUAUUAUUUUAUUUUAUUAUAUACAUUGAUAUAGCAAAUAAAUAAAACAAAAGAACGAAAGCAGGCAGAGCAAUGCUCAAUGCUCUUUGAUUGUUUUUGUCACCUGCCAUAUGACACAGGUCAUGAUGGUAGACAUUACAGCACUUUGUGCUGCCUGGCUUCAUGCAGCGGGAGAGACGGCGAAAAGAGUCACGGUGUGCGACUUGUACUUGGUUACUUCUUGCUUGUUGCUCCUUGGUCAGUGUUCAUAGUUGAGUGUUGUUAACAGUUAGUGCAUUGCCUUAAUUGCUAUGUUUAAUGGUGCAGACAGAGGUGGUUUUUGACAUGAAUGAUAUGGGCAACCGCCCAGGGAGUUAUCUCGUUAGGGAUGGCAUGAGACCACCGCAGAUUGUAGCACAGAGAUGGAAGCAAAGCAGAACAAAAAGUUUGUUCUGCUUUUAAUAUUGGUUCAAUUUAUUUCAGCUCUAAGUAUUUAAUAUCUAGGUGUUUUUAUGGGAAUGUAAAUCUUUCAGAUCAAUUUGAUUAGCAAUUUUGAUCAUAUUUCACAUUUUAUUGUGUCAUGUAGCGCGGGGCGCUGGUCUUGGUCUUGUCUUGGUCUCGGGUUAGUAGAUCUUGACUACAACACUGGCCUGCAUUACUCUAGAGAAAUGUGACAUGGGUAAAUCUAAGUGAUGUUAGUUUUUAAUAUAGUAUAGAUGAUUGAAUGUAUUAAUAAUUUUACUCUAACAUUAGCAGAUCUGCUGAUGGCAUUGACCUCCCACUGGUGUGAAGUAGCUUUGUUUUUAAAGGUAAAGUGAACAGUUGUAGUAAAGUUCACCUGUUUCUACCUGAGUUAUCCAGGUACAAUGUUAAAAAUUUAUUGUAUGACUUGUGUAAACUGGAGCAAUUUUUGCAAUAAAUCUUUAUAAAAAUGACAAGCCUAGUGGGAACUUUGAAACACUUAAGCUCACUAGUAUUUAUUUGGAUGCAGUGGUAGAACUCUAGUCACCAUCACUGUACUAUAACUUCACAUUGUAGAUGCUAUUAGUGAUCAUCUACUGAGUUCUGUCUGAGCUGUUUGGACCAGUUUGAUACUUGAGUCAUUCAAGUGGCUGAAUUUUGAAUAGAACAUGUCUGUGAUGAUACAUAUGACUUAUGACGAUACAUAUGGCUGUUACUGACACUCUUUAGUCCUAUUUUGUCUCCAUGACGUAAAACCUUGUUGGGUUGUUUUAAAUGUUAAGUUAGCUACAAUGCUGAGGUUUAAGCACCUUCCUUAUCCAUGAAUUUCUCAUUUUGGUAGGAAAAUACAUGAAGGUAUUUCAAAGUGCGAGACAUAUACCAGCUUAAGGCAUAAUGAAAAUUUCUGAGCCAUUCAAUACAAACUAUGUCCAUGACUGGUGAACUGAGGGCUCAUAGAUACUGUAUCUCCCACUCAUUUUGCUAAAUCUGAAUUUUAGCCUCUGGUCAGUUUGAAGAACAGAAAUAUGCACAUUUGUAAAGCAACAUUAAAAUUCAAUGUCGGUAGCCUUGAUGAGAAAGCCAAGCCAAUCUGAUACAACCAGAUAAGUAAAAGAGUUUCAUCACUUCUCUCUCUCUCUCGCUCGCUCUUUCUCUGUUUGUGCUGGGAAAACAAUAUUUGCCCCUUUAAAUAUUUCUUCUGUUUCUGCAUCUUUCAUUGCACUAGCAACAAAAGGCAUGGUCUUCAGGGGGAUGGUGCCUAUCUCCAAAAGCAGUUUACCUCUGUGCUACAUCUCCGUAACCUUUGUGAUGUAACACAGGUUACAUUGUGGACAGGUCACCAGUCCAACACAGGCCAAGGUCAUCAAAUUUUACAAUGAAUCUAAAAAGAUCUGAGUAAAGACACAUAGCAAUCUUCAAAUGAUAGUUGCCUUUAAAAGCUAUGCUGGCCCUAUGUGUAUACAUAGUUCCACUUCCUGUCCCCCUGCAUUUCUAAUGUAUUGACUGUGAUCAACCAUAAUACCUACAGAUCAUCAUUAUUUGAGCUGAAGUGUUCUUGGAUUAAGCAGCAAGAUAAACAUGAUACAACAAAUCCAUCACUGGCUCAAAGGAAUGAAAUGAUAUAUAUAUGUAUAUAAUUAAGUAAGGAUACCACAUAUGAACUAUUGUGCUCAUUCAUUCAUUCAGAAGUGCCAUUGUCCUGAACUGAACACAAAUGUUAAAUAAUCCUACUAGACCAACUGAACUCGUUUCAAGAAGGUUUUUAGAUUUUAGACUUCAGAUAAAUGAUGUGAUAAUGAAACUUCAUUGCUCCACUAAAUACUGUCUUCAAAAAUAUGCUAAUACAAUUCAUUUUUUAAAUAUCUGCAAGCUAACACACUGGAUCAAACACAUUCUAUGUUAAUGGUGAAGAAAACCCUUUUAGAGAGCUACUUAAAGUAAUAUUGAUUUAUAAGAGAGUUGAACAUGUUAGGGAAUGUGUCGGUAGCUUAACCAGUUGAAUCUAUUUCUAAAGGAAGGAAAAAAUGGCUGCAGAGUGAAUAAGCAAAUGAAUGUCAUUGUAAGAUAUAUUUAUGAAAUCUGUACAAUAUUCACAGGUUUUAUUUUCCAGGUGUCUGAUCUGAGCCGUCUCUUAGUUCUUCUUUGUAUUUUCUCAUGCUGUGAUUUUUGUAUGUUUGUCAUAGAUGCUGUAUUACUGUACAUGAGCUUAUGUGUGAUUUCAUCUGUGAAGAAAAGAACCCAAAUAAACUACUGUCAUCCAU